CUUUACACCACUUCCUCCUGUGGAAAAGAAGAAACCCUGACCCUCACACAGGACUUACAGGCCGUUCGGAGCUCUGGACAUCUGCAGCCCAGAGAUUAUUUGUGAUCCGGCGUCUCCAGGCCGGUGAGCAACCUGAAGGGAGCAAGAGGGAUGGGGAGCGGCGCUGCGGAGAGGGGCUGGGCUGAGAGGCGGCCGGUGCUCUUUCCCUUCCUGCUGUCUUUGUUCUGGCCGGCGCUGUCUGAGCAGAUCCGCUACGGGAUUCCCGAGGAAAUGCCCGAGGGGUCGGUGGUGGGGAACCUCGCCAAGGAUUUGGGACUGAGCGUGCAUGAGUUACCGACUCGACAACUGCGCAUCAGUUCGGAGAAGGCUUACUUCACCGUGAGCGCCAAGAGCGGGGAGCUACUUGUGGGCAGCAGGCUAGACCGGGAGCAGAUAUGUGGGAAGAAGACAGCCUGUACUCUGGAAUUUGAGGCUGUUGCUGAAAAUCCAUUGAACUUUUAUCACGUGAGUGUGGACAUCGAAGAUAUUAAUGACCAUACCCCCAAGUUCAUCCAAACUUCCUUUGACCUGCAAAUAAGUGAGUCUACAAAGCCUGGGGCACGAUUUAUUUUAGGAUCUGCCCAUGAUGCAGAUAUUGGUACCAACUCACUACAGAAUUACCAGCUCAGCCCCAAUGAUCAUUUCUCACUCGUGAAUAAAGAGAAAUUAGAUGGCAGUAAAUACCCUGAGCUGGUACUAAAGGUGCCUUUAGACCGGGAAGAGCAGAAAUCCUACCAGUUCAUCUUGACGGCAUUGGACGGCGGGGAUCCAGCCCUUAGUAGUACUGCCCAGAUACAGGUCCUAGUGACUGAUGCCAAUGAUAACCCUCCAGUGUUUAGCCAAGAGCUAUACAGGGUGGCUGUUCCGGAAAACGUUCUUCCGGGCACCCUUGUGCUUCGAGUGAUGGCCACUGACCAGGAUGAGGGUGUCAAUGCCCAGAUCACUUUCUCUUUCACGGAAGCAGGCCAGAUCACCCAGUUUGACCUAAAUUCUAUUACGGGGGAAAUUACUAUUUUACAUACGUUAGAUUUUGAGGAGGUCAAAGAAUAUUCCAUAGUUUUGGAAGCAAGGGACGGUGGAGGAAUGAUUGCCCAAUGUACGGUGGAGAUAGAGGUCCAAGACAUAAAUGACAAUUUCCCAGAAGUGGUAUUCCAAUCUCUGCGGGAUAUCGUUAUGGAGGACACCAAGCUGGGAACACACGUUGCUUUGCUUAAAAUCCGUGACAAGGAUUCUGGACACAACGGAGAAGUUGUUUGUAAAUUAGAAGGUGAUGUUCCAUUUAAAAUAGUCUCUUCUUCGAUAAACACCUAUAAAUUAGUGACAGAUGGAGUUCUAGACCGUGAGCAGACUCCUGAGUAUAAUGUCACUAUCACAGCCACCGACAGGGGCAAGCCCCCCCUUUCCUCUAGCUCAAGCAUCACCCUACACAUUGGCGAUGUCAACGACAACACGCCAGUUUUCCAACAGCCUUCGUACGUCGUUCAUGUGGCAGAGAACAAUCCUCCAGGCGCCUCAAUUGCCCAAGUCAGCGCCUCCGACCCCGACCUGGGGCCCAACGGUCGCGUCUCCUAUUCCAUCGUGGCCAGCGACCUGGAGCCUCGGGCGCUGGAAUCCUACGUGUCCGUGAGCGCGCAGAGCGGGGUGGUGUUCGCGCAGCGCGCCUUCGACCACGAGCAGCUGCGCGCCUUCGAGCUGACCCUGCAGGCGCGCGACCAGGGCUCGCCCGCGCUCAGCGCCAACGUGAGCCUGCGCGUGUUGGUGGGCGACCGCAACGACAACGCGCCGCGGGUGCUGUACCCGGCGCUGGGGCCCGACGGCUCGGCGCUGUUCGACACGGUGCCGCGCGCCGCGCAGCCCGGCUACCUGGUCACCAAGGUGGUGGCGGUGGACGCCGACUCGGGACACAAUGCCUGGCUGUCGUACCACGUGCUGCAGGCCAGCGAGCCGGGACUCUUCAGCCUGGGGCUGCGCACGGGCGAGGUGCGCACGGCGCGUGCUUUGGGCGACCGGGACGCGGCCCGCCAGCGCCUGCUGGUCGCUGUGCGGGAUGGGGGACAGCCGCCGCUCUCGGCCACGGCCACGCUGCUCCUGGUUUUCGCCGACAGCUUACAGGAGGUGCUGCCGGAUGUCAGCGACCGCCCUGAGCCCUCUGACCCUCAGGCUGAGUUGCAGUUUUACCUGGUGGUGGCUUUAGCCUUGAUUUCGGUGUUGUUCCUCCUCGCGGUGAUUCUGGCGGUUGCCCUGAGCCUGCGCCGCUCCUCCAGCCCUGCCUCCUGGACCUGCUUUCAGACUAAUGUCUGCUCCAAGAACGAAUCUGGGGCUCUCCCCAACUUCAGUGAAGGGACUUUGCCUUAUUCUUACAAUUUAUGUGCUGCCUCACAUUCCUCAAAGACCGAGUUUAAAUUUCUCAAUAUAAAGCCUGAAAAUAUUCCACCACAAGAUCUUCUGUGUAAUGAAGCCUCUUGGUUUGAAAGUACCAGUAAUGCAGAUCCCCAAAUGACUUCUAAUUCAGUCAGUUUGCAACAGGUGAGUUGCUUCAAAAUCCUUUCUUUCCAUAAUUGUAACUAG